AUGAUUCCAACACGUAUUCGAAACAUUAUCGAUUGGGGUAUGUGGAAAGUUUAUGGACAAGUUGAAAUUCUAGAUCAAAAAACAGUCGAUGAUAUUACGCUAAACGCUGAUAAUGAUGCCUAUGGACAUAUGACAUUCAUUUUAACAAUCAUUUUUGUUUGCAUUGCAAAUCUUCUUCUUUUAAAUGUUCUUGUUGCUUUGUUCAAUAAAUCAUUCGACAAUAUGAAAGAUAAAGCGAACAAUAGUUAUGCCUAUCAACGAUUUCUUCUUGUCAAUGAGUAUUCAAGAAAAAUUGCAUGUAUUCCACCAUUGAAUCUUUUGCAAUAUUUGUCACUAAUUUUACAACGUGUUCUUGCUGGUUUUCAAAAUAAGGCAAAUGCUAUCAUAUAUGGUCCACUUGUCAUUAAUAAUAAAUUAUGUUGGACUAUUCAUAAUAUGAUUUCGUUCAAUAGUAAGGAUCAAGUUAAAUUAGAUGGCAUUAUUAACAAAGUUUCAAUUCAUUUUUCAACUGCACCAACAGUUUCAAAACCUGAAAUAUGCCUAUUUGUAAUGAAAGCUGGAAUAAUACCAAAUGAAUUCGAUAUCGUUGAAUAUAAACCAUUAGAAGGAAUAAUGCAAAAAACUGGCAUACAAACAUUUACUGAUCUUAAUAUGCCAAUUGAUAAAGGCCAAUAUCUGGGUAUUCGCUUUUCAUUCGAAGCUGGAAGUCCAAUUAUUUUAGAAGGAGAUCAAUAUUGUAGUUAUUUUGAUUUAAGACCUCAUUUAGCUACAAAGAUUCCAUUUACAAUUUGUAAAAAUAGACGAAUUGCAAUGAAUUUUCAAGUUCUACCAAGAGAAUGCGAUAGUAGCUCCAAUCUAUUACAGUGUUAUCGAUACAAUUAUUUUUCUACGAUCAAUGAAUACCAAGUUCUUGAUCCAUAUGGUAAAGAAAACUAA